ACAAGAGGGAGUUGUUGCCAGUGAUACAGCACAGACAGACACAACUCAUUUUCCUCCUGCAGCUUCCAUCCACAGCAGCAGUGCCAGCGUGUUUUAAACAAGCAGAGGUGGAAGUGCAGGCGACAGAGAAAGGGAGUUGCCUACUAGCAGAGGUCAGGCAGGCAGGCAGAGGGGAAGCCGGUGGAUGUUUUUAAGACUUUGCUUAUCUGACACUGACAACAGGAUGAGAAGCUGAGCGAGGGAGCAGAGAGGGGAGAAAAACAUGGAGCGAGCAGCACUACCUACAGUCCAUUUACAUAGGAGACAUAGGAGUGACAGGCACUGGCUGCCCUGAGAGAGGUGAAAAGAGGCAAGAAGGAAAAUUUGGUAAAUAGUCCACUUUGUCCAUUCUGUCCAAAGGAGCGGGAGCGAGAGCCGAGGGAUCGUAACACUGGAGCUCAAGGAUAAACCAUGGACUCUGCAUACAUCCCACCACACCUGGACGUCCACCAUGUUCCCUGCUAACCUCCUGCUCCUCAUGGUCCUGCUGCUACCUCAAGCCUCGUCUGGUCGCCAGGGUGGAGACACCAGCGAGAUCGACCAUGGCAGGGCGUCCCAAGCACCUUCCUCUUUGUCACACCCGCCGGCCGGUUCCCUCUUGGAACCAAGUCUGGCUCAGACCAUCCAGAGUCUCCUCCUGAGCCGGCUGGGCCUCCAGUCACAGCCUGACCCUCGGCCUGGUGCCCCAGUGCCCCGGUACCUCCUGGAUCUUUACCGCUUCCACCAGCAGCAGUACCAUCUAGUGGAGGACCCUUCAUUUAGCUUUCCCAGCCAGCACAUCCAGCAGGCCAACACCGUACGCAGCUUUCACCACAAUGAGCCACUUGGAGACAGUCCUAUAGCAGAGGAUCGCAAGAAGGUGCACAUCUUUUUCAAUAUCUCCUCCAUCCCCCAGGAUGAAAGGGUGCUUUCUGCUGAGCUUCGACUCCUCCGCAGUGACAGAGCGUCCCUGGGCCCCAGGCCCCACAGACUAAGCCUAUACCUCUCUGAGCACCACGAGGACCCAGAGCCCACCCUACUGGAGACAAGGUUACUCACCAAUGGCCUCCACAGUCAUAAAGCAAGUGGUUUCUGGGAGGCUUUUAGCAUAAGUGCAGAGCUCCUGCAUAAGGCCCUUGCUAGGAGUGGCAGCCUGGGCUUCGUCCUGGAGGUCAGACCUGAGAACAGCACCUCCUCAUUCCCUGAGCAGGGCCUCUCCUCUGUUGCUGGUGAGCAGGAGGCAGAGAAACACAAAGAGGGACACCUGAGGGUAUGCAGGUCCGUGGGUCAGGACGAGCACAGCUGGGCCCAGGAGAGACCCCUCUUGGUGACUUACAGUCAUGAUGGGCGUGGGGAGCCUUUAGUCAAACAUGGCAGGAGGACCCCAGGGGGCGGCCAGAGGAUGAGAGGGAGAAAAGGGACAAAAGAGAGGGCCAGAAACAGCAGCAAGGGCCACAAUAGGGACCAAACCUGGGUGAGGGCCAAAAAAACAGUUUAUACAGUGCCGGGUUGGGGGGCUGAUAAAGGUGGGGUCAGCUGGAGUGAACGUGGAAGGGUGAAAAGAAAUGGUGGUCGUGCUGCGAAACUGAAACGCCUUUCUCGUAACAGAUGCCGCCGUCAUCCUCUGUAUGUAGAUUUUAACGAUGUGGGCUGGCACAAGUGGAUCAUUGCGCCCAGCGGCUACGACGCCUUCUUCUGCCUGGGAGAGUGUCGCUUUCCUCUGGCCGACCACAUGAACUCCUCUAGCCACGCCAUGGUGCAAACUCUGGUAAACUCUGUGAAUGGAGCAGUGCCGCGGGCCUGCUGCGUCCCCACCUCCCUCAGCCCCAUCGCCCUGCUCUACCUGGACCCUCAAGACCGCGUGGUGCUGAAGAAUUACCAGGACAUGGUGGUGGAGGGCUGUGGCUGCCGGUAGUGGGGUGGAGAACUCAGCCAGAGAAAUCCAGACAUAGAGGGAGAUGCAUUGAGGGAGACGACAGAAGCAUGAAUAGACAGAUGGCGGGAAGAAGAGAGUGUAGAAGCCAGCUAACUGCAAACAGACAUAGAGACUGACAGAGACGAAUGAAGCAGCAUGGGAUGGAUGAGUGGAGAGAGGAGGGAGAUAUAGCGGCUACAUCGUCAUUACAGGGAGCAAGGAGUGUCAGACAUAGAAAGAGAAAGAGAGAGAGUGAGAGGAACAGACAUAAUCGGCCACACAGCAAGAUAAAUGAUUAGACAAAGGGGCAGAGGAAGAAGUGUGAGCAGAAAUACGCUCAACACAGGUGAACUGCCAUGAAUAGCUUCUCACUUUUUUUUCCCAUUUAGCGAUGAUGCAACUGUGUACACCAUCAACUGACAGGCUACUUGUUCUCCCAUGAGAAGCCACCGCUUUAACAUCAGGUGUGUGUGAUCUAUAUCCAAGUGUUUGCCGCUCAUUUCACUCGCUCGGUUGUCUGACAGGCACACGUGUUUAGCUGUUGAGGAGGGCGGCCGAAAUGGCGAACAGUCAGAGUAGGCAGUCGUGGACGGUCUGGAGCAGAGUUUACUCGAUUCUGUAUCUUUCUGAUGGACUUACAACAUUAGCAAUACGAAGAUGGCACCAGCAUGGCAUCUAAACUUUAUGUGACAGUGUUGUUUCUGCAGUAUUUGAACCAAGAAGUAUAGGGCACAUCUGUUUUUUAUGAAUGCUAACAUAAUGACAGAUUGUCCCUUACAAGCACUCCUACAUCAAAAGCUAUUUAAAACCACAACAAUAAUGCUGAGGAACUAUUAUGCUAUUGUUUGAAUGUACUACUAUCACUAUUAUUUAAAAAAAAAAGAGAGACUUUUUUUGUACAUUUCUUUUGCAGACGUGAAGAAAAUCCAAGUGAUGGUCGUCUUGUGAUUAUACAUAAUUCCACUGAAUGGCAAUUCUAACUUAAAAGACACGUUAUGUAUUUAAAUAGCAGCAAUAUGGUGUAUUUAAUCUUGAAAAUAUUUAAGAUAUCUGCACUCAGCAAAGCAUACAGAAAACUGAAAGCCUGUCCGUUCACAUGAAGUAAGUUAUGGUAGAUUUGCGUCCGUACAAAUGUUCGGUGUAUUGAAUUAACAGUCUGUGUUACUUCAAGUUCCCACCUUAUCAUCGCACACAUUUUGGUGUUCAACACAUGAUAGCAGACAUGAGUGGUGUUGCCUUUAAAAGCUCAACUAACAAGUCAAUUGAAAGCUCUAUGUAUUGUAGCCACUGAAGUGUGUAACAACAGGUGUCUUUGCUAGUUGUGUCUGCAUGUGUCAAGAAAAAAAAAAAAAAGGAAGACUGAUGUUUAAACUGGGACUUUAGUGCCUUUCAAACAGGGGCUUUAAAAGUGUUCUCUGCUGAGCUUAGUAACUGUUUUUCAGUGUUGCAUUUUUCUCUCUAAAUGGAAAGAUUUAAGCAAAAGCUUGUAAAAUGUUUGACAAUAUACCUCUAAUAAACAAAGCAAACAGCG